GGUCAUUUCAACACCGCAAGAUUCGAGCACACCGCACGCCUUGCAAUGGAUUGUACUAACGUUGGCCAAAUAGUUGGUCUUCGAUAUGGAUUCUACAGUCCUGAUGAAGUCAGAAGGUUAUCAGUUCGCAAGGUAACAAAUGACCUGGCUUUCGACAAAUUUACUGGUCGUGGGGUAGAUGGAGGGCUUCAUGACGUAAAUUUUGGGGUCAUUGGCUACAGCGAGACUUGUGCACACUGCGGCAUGGAUUUCGCAGACUGCCCAGGCCAUUGUGGCCAUAUCGAGUUUUCGAAACCGGUAUUCAACCCUUUCAUGUUUGAUGUUAUGUACAAAAUUGUGAAGUCUUUUUGCUUUGGAUGUUUUCGCUUAUACAGUGCAGAGUAUCUUGCUUCAGCCUUAUAUUUACUUGGAGCACCAGUUGGUAAGCUCCCCGGUAAACUGAAAACUCUGGAAAUUAAAGAGUUGGAAGGGUUAUCAGGCGAUGAUUUGCGUCAAGUGGCGAUUAGAAACUUAGCCACAAGACCCCGUGCUCCCUGCAAGUUGUGCGGUAGCGGGUCUUGGGGUCUAAGACACAUUAGUAAACAACAGUUAGUUUUCCACCCAAUAUCGAUUGUUGGCAGUAACCGUUCGAAGGCAAAAAUGAAAGAGGAAUUAGAAGAAGAUUGUAGUGACCUUCUUGAGGGUUGCAAAGUAGAUGACCAGCGCAUGGAACAAAAGUUGUCUUUGUUUAUCGACAUGUCUGAUGAAAGUGAAGCUAGCAAAGCAGAAGCUGUUUACACGGCAAACUUAUCCACUGCUCGGAAUAUGCUGUCUGAAGCUAUAAAAAGUCAACAACACUCCAAAGAAAUAUGUUUCCCACCUGAGAUGAUCCGUGUAAUGCUGAGGUGUCUCUGGGCCCAUGACGGGGAUCUUUUAGUACUGUUAUUUCCUAUGCUUCGAGCCGCGCGAUUAAACCACACGUUUCCUACUGACGUAUUUUUUAUGGAUAACGUUCUGUUGUCUCCUUCUCUUUGUCGUUGGCCACGGCAUGUUGGGAAUUUGGUUUAUGAGCAUCCGGAAACUGCUGUUUAUGUCCGUAUUGUAAAGCGAGCCCAAUGUCUACACAAUAUCGUGGAGUUUAUCCGUCAACAUAAUGAAGUGAGCAAUUCUGUUGAUGUGAAUAAAUCUGUAGAACCAAAGUCCACAACUAGUAAUGGCGAUUUGAUCGAUGAUGCACAAUCAGAUGGUGCUCUUAAACUUGCAACUGUGCUUCUCCAAGCAGCUGUUAAUGGAAUAUACGAUAUGAAUAUGGCAAUCACACCUCUAGGAUUAGAGUCCAGAAAUGGGAUCAGUAGUAACUCAGUUCGACUACCCGGGCUAAGACAACGUUUAGAAAGAAAAGAAGGUCUCUUCCGUAUGCACAUGAUGGGAAAACGUGUUAAUUUCGCAUGCCGUUCUGUUAUUAGUCCGGAUCCAAAUCUUAGUGUUACUGAAGUUGGAGUACCGUUAUUUUUCGCAUUCCGUUUAACAUUCCCAACACCAGUAACAAAAUUCAAUUUGGUUCAUUUACGUCAAUUAGUAAUGAAUGGACCAAAUAACUAUCCAGGGGCUACAAGUAUUCAAUUUUCAAAUGGUGUCAUUACUAUGCUGCCACAGAAUGAUACUCCCCAGGCUAAAAAGAAACGUGAAAUGUUAGCUUUACGGUUAAAACCACUUAUAUCGGGUAAAGAUAACAUACCUAUCGUUGUUAAUCGUCAUCUACUUGAUGGUGAUAUGCUUAUUAUGAACAGACAACCUACCCUUCAUCGGCCUUCAAUGCAAGCACAUCGUGUUCGAAUAAUAAAGUGUGUUGGAGCAAAAACCCUCCGAUUACAUUAUUCAAAUUGUAAAGCUUACAAUGCAGAUUUCGAUGGGGAUGAAAUGAACGGCCAUUUUGUUCAAAGUUAUGCAGCAAAAGCUGAACUUGAAACAUUAGCUUCUGUUCCACAUCAAUAUUUAGUACCUAAAGAUGGAACACCACUUGCUGGGCUUAUACAGGAUCAUGUUAUAGCAGCAGUUAAAUUAACAAUGCGUGAUCGGUUUUUCGAGCAUGCUGAUUAUUUGGAUCUUGUAUAUCAUGCUCUUCGACCUUUAUUUGCUAUAAACAGUCAAACAUCUUCGGGCCCACCAUCUAUUAUCACAAUUAAACCUGCAAUUUGUUGGCCAAAAUGUCUUUGGACAGGAAAACAGGUUAUUUCAACAUUGUUAAUAAAUCUCACACCUACAGGUUUAUUACCACUAAAUGCUACCCUUAUAGGUCGACGAACUAAAGCUGAACUUUGGUCUGGAGUUGCUCCCGGUGGACCAACACCAUUAUCCGAUGUAGAUUUAGUUAUAUGUGAUGGUUAUCUUGCAUCUGGCAUGUUAGACAAAUCACAUAUCGGUUCAAGCAGUACAGGUUUGAUACAUUGUGUAUAUGAAGCAUAUGGUCCUGAAUCUGCUUCGUGUUUGUUAAAUGGGAUUAGUUUACUAGCCAAUAGGUUUUUAAAAUUCAUUGCCUUCACAAUGGGUUUGAAAGAUAUUUUGCUUUCACAUAGAGCAGAUGAAGAAAGACAACGUCGUUUCAGUAAUCUUAAAGAUCUUGGCCUUUGUGCUUUUGCAGACACAUUCAGUUUAAAACCAGACGAACUAACCGAAUAUAAUGUGAAGCGUUUGUAUCGUCAAGCACAAUUCCCUUCAUCAACUGACCAGUCUUCUCUAAAGCGUCUUGCUCAGUUGGACAUGGCAAUUAAAGAUCGACUAAAAAGGGCUCAAGAUGCAGUCUGUGACUCUGCGAUUCCAGGAGGCUUAUAUGUUGGUUUUCCAGAGAACAACUUACAACUCAUGGUUCAUGUCGGUGCUAAGGGUGGUAUGGUUAACGCUCAACAAAUGUCUGUCGCUCUUGGUCAGAUUGAAUUAGAAGGUCGUCGUGUCCCACUAAUGCUAAGUGGCAAAACACUGCCCUCAUUUCCACCUUACGAUGUUCGUCCACGUGCUGGUGGUAUGUGUACUGCUCGAUUUCUCACUUCGCUACCUGCACAAGAGUUGUUUUUCCACUCGAUGGCAGGUAGAGAUGGUCUUGUUGAUACAGCUGUAAAAACUAGUCGAUCAGGUUACUUACAGAGAUCAGCUAUUAAACAUCUCGAGGAUUUAAGCAUAAGUUAUGAUGGAACAGUGAGAGAUUCAGGAUCUAAUAUAAUUCAAUUUCGAUAUGGAGACGAUGGAGUGGAUGUAUGUCAAGCUGGGUUUUUACAACCUAUUGGUUUGCAUUUCUUCGCUGAUAAUAUAAAUCUAAUGAAAAUGCGUUGGCAUUCCGAUAAAAUCAACACCGAUAAUCCAGCAUAUGCUCAUUUAUUUGAAAAAAACAUACUUCCUAAACCUAUACAAAUGAUGGCAGAUCAAGUUGGUGUUAAGAGACAAGGUAUUCUACAUAAAACUGUAUCAAGGCAUAAACUUGCCAAACUUUUCAACAUUAGUAAGAUGGCUCAUAAAGCACUAAAAAUAAUGGAAACGGAACAGCAAGUAUCCGGAAAAGAUAAGAUAAUGAAUGAAAUAAUCCCUGAACCACCAUGUGCCGCAGCGGCUGAAUUAAGAGAUUUAUGUUUAGCCAAAAUUAUUAACGCUCAAGCUCCACCUGGUGAUCCUGUAGGUAUAUUGGCUGCACAAUCAGUUGGUGAACCUUCUACUCAGAUGACAUUAAAUACUUUUCAUUUUGCUGGACGUGGUGAAAUGAAUGUAACUUUGGGAAUACCACGCCUACGAGAGAUUCUCAUGUCCGGAUCAUCCAAUAUAAGUACACCAUGCAUGGAAGUUCCUAUAUGGCCCACAAAAGAAGCUCAACAACUUAGUGAACAAAUAGCUAAGAAGUUUUAUAAACUGAAAUUAUCUGAGACUUUACAAUUGCCUAUUGGUCAAAAAGUGAACUAUGUAUCUGAUUCGUGUACAUUUGAAUUUAAUUUACAACCGAAAUCAGUCUAUUCUGAUCAAAGUCAUGUAACACCUGUUCGUGUUUUACGUUUUCUUGAACGUAUUCUAUUCCCAGAUUUAGCUCAUCGUUUAAAUGAAGAAUUAAAAGAUCAAGGAAAAACUAGGUAUAUGGGUGUUAUUCUUUUUUCUUUUCAAUAUUUAAUUGUUAUUUAUUUUUUCAUAUAUUUCACCAGCUUGUUACUUGUUCACUAAGGAAGAACUCUUUUUCGCCUAUGAUUAUCAUUUUAAACACUGAAAAAUUCAAACCUAAUCAUUUUCUCUCAUAAGUAGUAGUCUGUUUAAAUUUACAUUUUUUUUCUCAUAGACUUAAAAGUAGGGUUGUAUAUCAUUAUAACAGGUUGAUUCCAACGAAAUUAACCUUUAUUGUUGACAGAUGGUACGGAAUCGUUUUAAAUUGUAACAACAUAUAUAAAAUAGACUUUGACUCUGCAUAACUUUCUCAUAAAUAGCUUAUUUAUCGUUUAAUUAUACACGAAAUAUAAUUUAACAUAUCUACAGUUAUACAUAAAGGGGAUAAGAAACAAAACUAUCCAAUUGUUUUUAUUUAGUUGUGAAUAAUUCAAACCAGAUUUUACUCCAUUUGCUACUUUUGAGAUAAUUGAUUAUGUCCUUUAAAUAUAUGUUAAUUCAAUAUGUACGUGUGUGUGUGUGUGGAGUACUUCAAUGAAUCUUUAAUUGAAGCUUUGUCAUAUCCCUAAAAAGCAAAUCUCUUUCUUGGUUAUCUUUUAGUUGUCUUUGCCUUUAUUUUUUUUUAAAAAAAAUACACUUGUUAUUGGAUAAAUAUGUAUUAUAAUAAUCGGAUCGUUAUGAUGAAUCGGAUAAAUUUCUAUUAUUCGCACUUAGAUAACUUGAAUUUCCUGAUUAUUUAAUACUUGGUGUUUGGUUAAUUGUGUCUAUGUUUAACAGCAUAUAACCAAAUAAAUUAGAUUAUGAAAAUGUUUGUUUUAUUUAAUGAUAUUAGAUUUUAUUUCUCUAAAUGAGCUACAUAUGUAUCCUUCGAUAUGAGAUAUAAGAUAUCUUUAAUUGGAAUCAUAAUAAAAGCCUUUGCUAUCCUUGAAUGUAGAUUUAAGUUGUCCAAGCAGCCUUAGUUUUCUUGUUUCAACUAUUCUUCAACAUUAAUGUCGAUUUAUGACGAUAGACAAUAUAGCUGAAAAUCAGUUGUACAGUUUUUGAAAUAUUCAGCUUUUUAUUUUCGUGCACAUACCGAGUAUAUUAUCAUUUUUUUUGUUUUUUUAUUUCCUCUUCACUACUCAACUUAUUUAUAAUUCAGUUGCUAUUUUGUCUUCUUCUUUUGGAAUUCCUCUCAAUGUGACAUUUUUAAAAUGUAGAGAUAUGAAUGAACUACUUAAUGUACCAGUGUUUUUAAUCUUUGCCACUUAUAUUUGUUUACCUUUUUCGAUAUCUUUACAAUUAUGAAAGUCUUUUUAUAUUUAUACUCUUAUAUUAAAAUAGAAAGUGGAUAAUUCUCCAUGGAAAACAUCCAUUGAUCACUUUUACUGGAUAUGAGGUGUCAAAUUAACCAGACAAUGUUUGUAUUUAAACCAAGUGUAUAUAAUUUUAGAAGACUAUGUAAAAUAUAAUUUUGCCCAAAGUGUAUAAUAAACUACGCUUAUGACUAUAAUUAUUUAUUAUUUCCUUUAUUCAAUGAACAAUUUGCAAUACCAACAAUAAUCUCAUCAAUGAAGUAGAAGUAUACAAUAGUACACUAAUAACGAUUCGUUGCGGUACUUUUGAUAAUAGAAUUCCAACCUUCGUAAUACAAUGCAAUCUUGUUUAACUACUAGGAAAUUAUGAUUCUACAACAAACGGGAUCAAAUCCAACUAAACGAACGAAGCCUAAAUGAUAUUUUUGUGCAAACUACGUUGAUUAUGGUUGUUACCCUUGAUUAGGACUAUUCGUUUACACUAUAAAGAUAAACGCUUAACAGAUCAUAAUACGCAUACAAAACAAUAUCUUUUACCAUAACUGUUAUUAUUAGUCACUCAUAAAAGAUGCGUAUGAUUCAACCACCUGUUUUAGUGAUAAUUUUCCUACUCUAAAAGUUGAUAAUAACUUCUUAGCUGCUUCCUAGAUCCGCAGUGUUCUAAACCUUAACCUUAGACGACAGAUAAAAGGUGCUAAGUAAGGACAGGCUAUACUUCAAGCUUAGUACAUACACAUAAAAUAAGAAUGUUUUUAGGUUUACGUGUAACUCCAACACUCUAAAAGCUCUAGAAUUAAUGCCAAAUUUAGUAACAAAUUAGAUAGUCAUAUAAUCAGAGAGGGACUUAUGAUAUGUUGAUUUCCUGAUAGUUUCUAUGAGGUUUCUAUUAGGUGCUGAUUGAGCGAACCAUACAUUUAACCCAGGCACCUUCAUUAUUAUUGUUCAUGUUCCCUUUCGAUAGUUUAGAUAUGGAUUUUAUACCUUCUGUUAAUUUAUUUCAGUCUUAUAAAAAGCUUUGCCUUA